AUGAAGAAGAAGAGUACCCGCACCAAUUCGCGCGCAUUUACAGCUCUUUUUCGGUUUUCAGAGUCAAUAGGAAUAGUGCACAACAAUUAUGAUUAUGAAUUUAUUUCUAGCUUGAGCUUUACACCACAGGAGAAAACUUGUAUAAUUUCUGCAAUGAAAGAACUAGAGAACCAGGACACAGCAUACUCAACAGUACAUAAAUUUAUAAUAUAUUUUGAUAAAAAGAGAGUUCGGGAAUUGAAAAACUUGACGAAAACCCAUCCAGAAGAUGUUCUUGUAAUAAUUAAGGCACUUUUAGAGAAGCCAAGUCAGAGUUGGGCAUUUCUUCUCAGUAAGGCAUUUAACUGGGCUGCAUGCAGUGUAAAACAGGCACAGCCGCAUAUAACUUUAAUUAUAGAAGUAGGCCAGCUGCUUGAACACCGGUUAGAAAUAGAAAUACGUGAAUCUAUAGAAAAAUCUACUAUUUCAAGGUUUACACACACACUUAUUAUAGGUGCAAUCAAAUCGCUUGUAGAUGACACAAAAUAUACAAAAUAUCUGUCGGAUCUUCUUUCUUCUGUUUAUACAUCUAUUGAAGGAAAAGAAUAUUUUUCUUCUUUAGUCCAUGUAAACUCUGAACCAUGUAUUCUUCUUUAUAUCCACACGGUUCAUGCUCUUUUUAAAAAGAGUAUAUUUCAUAGACUGAAUUCAUCAAGCGCACUGCCUAUUCAUGCAUUCGAAAAGAUCAUUACACAACAGUCUAACAGAAUAUUGGCGAAAAAGACACAAAAAUCGCCGAAUGCGGUAGAAAAGAACGAAUCUCCCGCAGAAGCUUCUAAUAGAACCAAAUCUUCCAGAGUACUAACAAGUUUCUUGCAUUUCUUAGAAGUCGCAUUUAAGUCUAACUGGCUUUCACCAGUUCAUAUAAAGGCAAUCAGCGAACUUCUAUAUAAUUUAUUUAUAAAAAGCAACAACCCACGUGUACUUGGGGCUUUAUCAUAUACAUUGGAGUUUUUAGAGGAAGGGAAGUCUAUAACUCUUAUAAAUAUGGCCAUGGUGCAUAUUUCUUCUCUUUUAGAAAAGAAUAACAAAGAUUCUUUAAAGAAUAGAGAAUAUCUCAUUAUUUUACAUAAUAUUUCUACAGAACAUAAUAUACAGAUGAUAGGAAUGCCUGGUAUAUAUAAAAUACUAGAAAUGCAAAACAUACCUAGGCAUAUAACUAUAUCUGUAAUAAGUAGGGCAGUGAAGAAUCCACACAUUCUACCCUUUUUAUUUAAGGAGAUUAUAAAUAUGUCUGUCCAUGCACCUGUGAUUAUUCAGGCACUAUAUCAGGCAAAAGUACAGGUUCCAUCUGGCAUACUACAGCAAUACACAUCAAUACUCCAAGACAAGAAUGCAUAUAAAUGGAUUGGAGCAGAAGAGUAUUCAAAUUGCAUAAUAGACGUAUUGCCAAAUGAUAAAAAAGAAUUAAUUUCUUAUACACUACUUAAAUGGGCGGUUACAGAGAUCACUAAGCAAGAAGGGCAUAACUAUCUUUGCAGCCUGAUUACUAGCUGUUCGCAGUAUGUAACUGAUUACUCUGCCUUGAAGCAGUCUUUUUGCUCUCUUUAUACGCAGCUUGAACAGUCAGUAAGCUGCCCCGCGAUUUUCACUGCGUGUAAGGCCAUUCUACAUAAAGCUCUAUGCAUAGACCAAGAGUUUAUAAACAGUUCAAUUUUUGCCAAAGCCGUAUAUAGACUUCCAAUUUGGAUAAACGAAGCGCAUUCUUCUGCUUUGCCUAAUAUAUAUAAGCUAGCACUGACAAUGCACGGAUAUUCUCGUGGGUGGAAGGCCUGGGACACAGUUCUAUUUUCUAUGCUAAAGAGACACUCAACAUAUGCGUAUAACAAACAUACAGAAGAAUUCCUUCUUAUAAAAGCUCUCUGUCAUUACAGAAACAUCGAAAGAUCAAUUAAAAUAAUAGACAGAUAUGUAGAUAACCCGAAAAUGGCAAAAUAUAAUGCCAUAGCUAUCUAUGCCUUUAGUGCUGGUGGCUAUACAAAAGAUGUUUUUGUAUAUCUUAAUAGCAAGUAUCACCAUACACAAAACCUAGAAAAUAGAGCAGCAAUACUUAAGUUACUUAUUCUAAUACUAAAGGCGUCUACUAAGGCCAAGCACUCUUAUAGUGAGUAUCUUCCAUUCUUUACUGCGCUUAUUGAAGAGAGUUUAAAGUCCUCUAAUAUUUGGGUUAUAAAAGGCGCAUUGUCCAUGUCUAACUAUCUCAUUCAAAACUGCUAUGGUUCUACUGAUGGUUAUAAGCUAUGUGUCCACAUUCUUAAUAGAAUAUUCCCGCUUGUUCUUAAUAAACCAAUUGAGAAAGAGGUUCUUGCAGUUAUUACUACCGCUACAAGAACUCUGACAAUUGAAUUCACCUCAUCAUAUUUAAACCAAGGCCUUUCUCACCCAGAUAAAAGAGUAAGAACAGCAUAUAGAAAAAUAUACAUACAUAUAAACCAAACAAUCAUGCCCGAGUAUUCACCGGGUGCUCCAAAUCCUCUUGAGAUAACAUCAUUUCUAUACGAACAGCCGAUAAUAAGAAAGAAGCAAUAAUAUUCAAAAAAAUAAACCUAAUACAGACA